AUGGAUCUCAAACUCCCAGAUAAUGAGUUCUAUGGGAUUGAGUUCCCAGCUGUAGUGAAGAACGUUGAUACCGCUAUUGAAAUGCUCGGUGGACUGUCUCAAAUAUCUGAGGUAUUUGCAGAGGAAAAGCGACGUUUAAAUCUAUCGUUUCGCCCUCAUAUGUUGUAUGCUAAACCUGCCUGUGGAGAUGGUCGAUCGUCUAACGCUUUUGUUAUUCGUGUUCAGCGCUGUAGAAACAAAAAGACGGGAGAAAUUAAGCUUUUUGCAGUAAUUUUAGGACGAGUUAUCCGGGUCUAUAAGUUUGAUGCAAUGGCCGAUUUUCAGUUUGGUCCAUAUGAGCGUGUUCACACCUCACCGAAAAAUAAGAAACCUGGAUCAACUGAUAUGGACUAUAAAAUAUUUUACAAUGACCUUAUAAUCAAGGAGCCUACAACAAUGAUUGAUUCGUAUUUAUCUCGUGAUAUGCCGCUUUAUUUACCACCAGUACUAUUUAGCCGUCAAGAUACUCCAAGUGUCUAUAAUUUCGCACCUCGUUAUCGUACAACUGAGUAUAUUCAACUUGAAGAAAAAGGUCAUAAACUUCCAGUGUCAAGGAAAGCUCGACCGAAUUUUGGAUACCUUGUAAACUUGGAAGAUAAAGCUCCCGCAAUUCCAAGACCAGGAGCAGUACAACGUGUAUUAAAUCUUGGACCAGCUGCAGUUCCAGUAAAAGAAGGGAUUCAAAAACUUUUUGAUGAAAGACCAAUUUGGAUGCGUCCAGCUUUGGCAUAUCAUAUGCCUGCAGAUACCCGGUUGGUUUACUUUACCCAGAUACUCCCUUCUCUAGCCUACUACAUGGUUCGUGGACCAUGGAGUCGGGCUUGGGUUCGUUAUGGUUACGAUCCUCGCAAAGAUCCUGAAGCCCGUUAUUAUCAGGUAAUUGAUUUCCGAGUACAAGCUUACAUGGUAGUACGCAAAUUAUUAUGCCAUUCAUCAGCUAAGAAACGUAUGCUUUCCACGGAUGCAACUAAACGAUUCUUAUCUGAUUGCCGCAAGUCUUAUGAUACUGUACGUUCGAGAGAAGACAGUUUUAUUGAUGAAAUUCUGAAUGGUUCCAAGAAAAUCCCUCUAGAAGACAAUGUAGAUUCUGAUGAAGAAGAUGACCUGGAUCCAACUAUGACUGAAGAUGUCGAAGACGAAGAGGGUGAUGAUAAAACACAGAAAACAAUAAAAAAGUCUACAGAUUAUCAUUUUGGACCGAAUAAUUGGCCGACUACUCAUCAAGUUCGUUAUUGUCUCAUUGAUAUAGAUAUUCCUGAGGUUCAGGCUAUGCUGAAAGAGGUGCCUAAACGAACUGAAAUUGAUCCAGUUGAUGGUUGGCUUCCAUCUGGUAGUAUUAAACGUAUACGUGAUCUCUUAGGACAGUAUUUAAAGAAGUGGAUAUCUGAAUCAAAUGCCACGCAUAGCGACAGUGUCGGUGAAUGA